CUGAAGGAUGUGGACUGUCCCUUCCUGUUUCAGUGCCGAGAGAGCCACCGUACCGACUCACACUGGAGCAGGAACACCACCACAGGCGCCUGGAACGCGAUUAUGUCUGCGCGUUUGCCGCGGAGCCUCGUUUCCCACCGCGGUCCACGCAGGUUUCUGGUUUAGUGGGAGCUGUUAAUAUGUUAUUCCACGGCUGACUGGUAACACAGCGGGCCUGUUUACUGCGCUGCCAGCCCUUGUUUCCUUUGCCGUGUCAAUGAUUGUCCUCCCCUCACUCUCAUGGCGGAGACUAAAAUCAUAUACCAUAUAGACGAGGAGGAGACUCCUUAUCUGGUCAAACUGUGCGUCUCUCCAGAGAAAGUCACCUUAGCGGAUUUCAAAAAUGUCCUCAACAAUCGGCCCGUCAACAGCUACAAAUUCUUCUUCAAAUCCAUGGACCAGGAUUUUGGGGUGGUCAAAGAAGAGAUUUCGGAUGAUAAUGCCAAGCUGCCCUGCUUCAACGGGAGAGUAGUGUCCUGGCUGGUCCUGGCAGAGAGUGCCCACUCUGAUGGAGGAUCUCAGUGCACAGAGAGUCAUCCAGAACUGCCUCCUCCACUUGAGAGAACAGGAGGCAUCGGAGACUCGCGGCCCCCGUCCUUCCAUGCCAACGCGGUUAGCAGUCGAGAUGGCCUGGACACCGAGACGGGCACGGAGUCACUCCUGAGCCACCGCAGAGAGCGCGAGAGAGAGCGAGCGCGGAGGAGAGCGCGAGAAACUGAGCUCCCUCGCAUCAACGGUCACUCUAAAUCAGAGCGAACCGCAAGGGAUUCGGCCAUGGGUUACGACAGCGCCUCAGUAAUGAGCAGCGAGCUGGAGUCCAGCUCCUUUGUCGACAGUGAGGAAGAUGAGGAUGCAAGCAGGCUCAGCAGCUCCACAGAACAGAGCUCCUCUUCGCACCUGAUGCGCAGACACAAGCGGAGGAGACGGCGGCACAAGGUGGCCAAGAUAGACCGGUCGUCAUCUUUCAGCAGUAUCACAGACUCCACGAUGAGCCUCAACAUCAUCACAGUCACACUGAACAUGGAGAAGUACAACUUCCUGGGCAUCAGUAUUGUCGGUCAGAGUAACGACCGGGGUGAUGGAGGCAUCUACAUCGGCUCCAUCAUGAAGGGAGGAGCUGUGGCUGCUGACGGCAGAAUAGAACCCGGAGACAUGCUCCUCCAGGUGAAUGACGUAAACUUUGAAAACAUGAGCAAUGACGACGCAGUGAGGAUUCUACGAGAGAUCGUUUCCAAAACUGGUCCCAUUAGUCUUACUGUUGCCAAAUGUUGGGACCCGUCUCCACGGAGCUACUUCACCAUCCCUCGCGCUGAACCAGUGAGACCGAUUGACCCUGCGGCCUGGAUUUCACACACCACUGCCCUGACGGGACCUUAUCCACACUACGAGUUUGAUGACUUGCCUCUGUCUAUAAGUAAAACAGACAUGGCAACCAUUGUCAAGGUGAUGCAGUUGCCCGAUUCUGGCCUAGAGAUCCGAGACAGGAUGUGGUUGAAGAUCACGAUCGCCAACGCUGUCAUCGGUGCUGACGUGGUGGACUGGCUUUACUCCAGAGUAGAAGGAUUCAAGGACCGGAGGGAUGCAAGGAAGUACGCGAGCAGUCUGCUGAAACACGGCUACCUGAGACACACCGUUAACAAGAUCACCUUCUCCGAACAGUGCUACUAUACCUUUGGGGACCUCUGCCAAAACAUGGCAUCGCUGAAUUUAAACGAGGGAUCCAGUGGCGGAGUUUCUGAGCAGGACACUUUGGCACCGCUCCCUCCCACCAGCAACCCAUGGCCCCUGGGCGGGCAGCCAUUCCCCUACCCGCCUUUUCCCUCUGCACCCCCCAGCUUCCCGCCAGGAUACUCAGACCCAUGCCACAGUUUCCACAGUGGGAGCGCAGGAAGCCAGCACAGCGAGGGAAGCCGAAGCAGUGGAUCCAACCCCAGUGCAGGCAAAGGUCGACGCUCUUCCCCACAGGAGAAAGGUCACAGGUCCACAUGCAGUGAAUCGGAGCCCGCCAUCCGUGGAGGGCGGCGCGGCGACCGGUCGGCGAGCCAAAUCAGCCACCACAGCCAUGCCGUCUCCAGCCACAGUCACACCAGAUCAGGUCUCAGUCACAGUCAGUCCCACAGGAGCCACACCGUCUCACAGAACAGCCACCCGUCCUUCACCUACAGCCACGCCCCGUUUACGCAGCCAGGGCCAGGCUCCUGUGCCCACAGCGAGCGAAGCCACGCCUCCUCCUACGGCCCCCCAGGUUUGCCUCCUCCUUACUGUCUGGCUCGCCUGGCCCCCAAGACCUCAUUCAGCAGCAGCACGCCGCCUGGAGCCCCUCCUGGGAGAGAGUUAGCCGCCGUUCCUCCAGAGCUCACCGCUAGUCGUCAGUCCUUCCAGCAUGCAAUGGGCAAUCCCUGUGAGUUCUUUGUUGACAUCAUGUGACAGGACAGUGCCUUUAAAACUCAUUGAGCACAAAAUAAUUCUCUGACCCACUCCCUUUCUCUCUCUUUCCUCUCAAUCUUUUGCCUCUGACCAUCUGUUAGUUUCAGAAUGCGGACACUGACAAGCCCUCUACCUAAACCCACCCCCUCCGCUAUCUGUCUGUCCCUCUGAUGUCCACACAAAGGAUUACAGGCAGCAAGGGCACAGCAGAAGGGCGUCCUGUCACAGAUGCAAACACGGGUCCUCUGUGACUGAAAAUCGGCUUUUGUAUUGAUGUGACAUGUACAGUUUGUGAACCGUGAAUGGUAUUCAAUGUGGUGAUUCUUUAAAGUUGCCAUGCGGACGUUUUUUUUUUUUCCCCCCGGGAGUGUGUACUUGAUGUAGGAUCUUUUCUGUUCUGCAAGACCUUUAAGCUGACUGGGCCUGGAACUCAAUCCCCCAGACCGAUACCUUCAGCCUGCACUUAGGAACUUUUUUUUUCUGGGCCUAGAAUCUGGAUAACGGAUCUCAAGAAUUAAAUCUGUGCAUACUGAUAAAAAAGAAAAAGAAAAAUUAGCUUGUUGCACCAAACAUGUGGCCCCAAUUCUCUCUAAGCUCUUACCUGCCAAUUCACAGAGAGUGGAUUUCUUCAGUUUCAUAAAAGGAGGCCCUGAAGUCAGCCGAUAGUCUAACUAGGCUGCAUAUUGCAUGAUUGUCUCAACUGCUUUAAAGAAAAGAAAUUUUAUUACUACAUUUUUGUUUAAAGUAUUACCAUGACUGGGAAGGGGAGGGGUUAUCUCUUGCCAAUGUUCUAAAGGAAGAAUCUGUACACUGGAUGAUUAUUUUGUGAUGUUAUUUAUGCGCAUUAAUGGUGUCAUACAUUGGCUGACUGACAGACAAUCAGACAUCACCCUUUUGUGAAUCGGAGGCCGGCGUCCGCUGUCCUCGCCGCACUUUGUCGAAUGUAUGUUGAUUCCCGUCAGUGAUUGAAACCCUGACACUCCUAACAGUUUGCUUCAAACAGUUAAACUAAAAAAAAAAAUUUAAUCUAAUCAAGUCACAGACAGGAUUGCAAACAGUGGGAAAAAAAAACAAAAAAAAAAAACG